AUGUUUCGGUUCGCCCGUGCAGCACCAAGGCUUGCGCUUACUCAAAGGAUAACUUCGUCUCAGUUUCACACUUCUGUUCCUGCUUUGAUCGAUGCUUUCCCAGAUAAUGCCCCAACUCAAGCAGAAAAUGAGAAAUGGCUUCAACAUUUAUCAGAAGAGUAUGAAGAUUCAGCCAAUACCGCAGAGAGCUUUCUGACCUCAGAGAUUCCCUCGAACUUCAUCUUGUCUAAGAAGCGAGGAAAUAGAGCUAUUAAUGGUGAACUGAGGCAAAUCGAAGAUUUGAAAUUCACAGUAGUCGACGUAGAUAAGUUUGGGUUCAAAAACCUUUCGAUGACCUUGAAGGACUAUUUUAUGGGUAGCGAAUACUCGCAAGGAAUAUUCUCGAGGUUUACAAAUAAUAGAGUAAAGCAGGCAAGGAAGAUCGAGCAAAAGACGUUUGUUGACCUCAAGAUUGUUAAUGUGGUUAGUGGAAAAGGUGGGAAUGGGUGCGUUUCGUUCUUGAGAGAUACAAAUAGACCUAUAGGACCUCCAGACGGUGGUGAUGGUGGUGAUGGUGGUGAUGUGUAUAUUAGAGUGGUAGAGGGCAUUACCUCCUUACAUAAGGUACGUAAGUCGUACGUAGCUAGUAAUGGAGCAAGUGGAGCUGGAAGUCAAUUAGAUGGUAAAAGAGGUGACGAUUUGAUUAUAGAGAUCCCAGUAGGUACAACCAUUAGGUGGAUUCCUGAUCCUAUGGAAAUAAAACAGCUUAUCACAGAAACUAAGGGUGAUCUAUCCAACACCGAUUUUCAGAUCAAAGGAACUGGUGAAUACCGGGGAGACCCUGAUAUCACCAAUAUCCAAUUGUUCAGGCAGAAUCUGUAUGGUGUAGGAGAAGGCUGGAUCUUCAAGGAAAAAGAUGAAACUUACCAUACGGAUAGAGAAUUCUUCAACAAUUUAAACGAAACGGUCAGUAUUUAUGAUAAAGAGAUAAUAUCUGAAGAGUUGGAUAACGAUAGGUUCCCAUUGCUAGGAUUAGACUUUGACGUUCCCAGUAUGAAGCCUCAGUUGUUAGUGAAAGGUGGAAAAGGUGGUAUGGGUAAUAUGCAUUUUUUAACUAAAGAUAUUAGAAAUCCUAGGUUUGCUAAGCGUGGUAGGGAGGGCUUACUGGGAACGUUCCUUUUCGAACUUAAGCUCAUCGCUGAUUUAGGGCUAGUUGGUUUACCCAACGCUGGAAAGUCAACUUUGUUGAGAGCGAUUUCAAGAGCUAGGCCAAGAAUUGGCCACUGGGAAUUUACUACCUUGCAGCCUACAAUUGGGACUAUAUUCACAAGAAUAGACCAAGACCCUUUCACCGUGGCAGAUAUUCCUGGAAUAAUAAAGGGUGCUCUGGAGAAUAAGGGAAUGGGUUUAGAUUUCUUGAGACAUAUUGAGAGAUCAGGUGGGAUAGUGUUUGUUGUAUCCAUAGAAGAGGGCGAUAAAUCUUCACCAGUAGAGGAUUUGCAGACCUUAAUAGACGAGCUAACUGAGAAGAAGUUGGCAAAUAAAAAUAUCUUGGUAGUUGCAACCAAGGCGGACUUGACCAAAGAUGGUAAAAAAUACUUGAAGUUGAGAGAAUUUGUUGAACAGAAGGAUAAGAAUGCAGGUUGGAAGAUCAUUCCAGUGUGUGCAAUUAAAGGAGAGAAUAUUGAAAAGUGCAUACAGAUGAUGAGUGAAACUGCAAGAGAAUAA